AUGCCUUCACCAAGUUCCCUAGAGGGUGCUCCUUUGGCUGAUUACUUUUGGAUUGCUGGUUUAGAUGGCUCUGAGGUCUUUGAGACAUAUAAACGGCUAGGUGAUGAAUAUCGGAUCAAUGGUGCAGCUUCUCCAGGUCCGGCCCUCACCGAUGCUAUUCAAGAAGAUGCAGAUGCCGAGGAGGAAGAUCCCGAUGGAACAUCCCGACCUGCUUCGACUUUAUUCAUGGGAAAUAGCCGGCGUGCCUCUCAACAAAGACUAUCUACACUCUCUCGUGAUUCGGGUCAGACCAAUGGAGCGAGUAGUAACCGUAGUAGUGUUACAGUUAAGGGCGCGUCAUCGCCAUUGCGUGCCUCUGCGCUGUUUUCCGAGGAUUUUGAUUUUGAUCAGGCGCUGAUCAAGUUCGCGUCGGAGAGAGAUACCUUCUUAACGGAUUUGAAUGUCAGCGCCGGCGCUAUCACUCAGAAUUCGCGACCGCGAUCCCGCGUACGUACUCAGAAGAUUGUCUCCGAGGAUAAUCAAGGCUCGCCUGGUCUCCUUCGAUCCGGUAUCGGGAGUGUUCGUCGACACAUGGCAUUCCGGGAUAUGAAUAGUAUGAAGAGACAGCCUUCUAUUGCUCGGCAUGCUUCGGUGCGAACCUCGCGACGACUCAGCAAUUACAACUCGGUGAUCCCAGUCCCUCAACCGCUCGAAUUCUCUCCCUCCAUGCAUCCAUUGAAACGGCGAUUCGAACCCGUCUUGUUAGACAGAUACCCUACCCGAAACAUGAGCGAGGAGCUGAAAGUCCGAGGAAAUUUCCCAGACUAUGUCCCUAUGUUCGCAUUCCCGAAUGAUAUCAAUAUUGUAUCCUCCGAUGAGCGGCCAAGAUCGACAUGGCACGGAUUCGCUAUGACAACGGAUAAUGGGUCAAAGCUUCAUGCAAUUUGCGUCAUCAUCUGGAUUCCUUUGAAUUCACAGGCCGCUGAUGAACUUGAAAAGCGGUGCGAGGAAUGGCGGAAGGACAACAUGACAGAUGAGGAGCGUGAGUUGGCAGCAAGUUUGGGAGAGCGAUUGGCCUCUGAGCGUGCGAAGCUGUCGCAGCUUCUUGCCCAGCUGCCUACCGUGCCAUCAGGGUCUGAAUCGCGUGAGCAGCUGGAGGAUGAAAUCAGCGCAGUCGAGGAGAAGAUUGGUCUCAUGACAGAUCUGUUACGUCCGGUCCGACAUGGCGCAGCAUCAAAGAUCGAGGGUCUUACAGAUGGUGAUACUGGAUUUUGGAUUCCCCGUGCAUACGGUAUUCUGGGCCGAGAGAGCACAAUGACCACUUUUUGGAAGGAAUGGUUGAAGGCUAUUGUUGUUCCAAUGACUGAAAACUCCGUUCAGCGCGUCCCGCCUAGUUCUCCGCGGAUGGGCGUUUGGCAGCCAUUGGAGCGGUAUGUGAUGAACCUUUGCACAGAGGCCUUCUGCCCAGUCUCCUCUAAAACACAAGUCGAGCUGGCAAUCCGAGAGUUACGACUGUUUGCUCGAAAAGAAGCACCCAAUGAACUCCCUGGCUCUCGAAACACUGACCUCUACGCCUUGUUCCGAACCCUCUCGGUUCCCAAUAUCAUCAUUUUGUUUGAGUACGCUCUCACAGAAUCACGGAUCAUUUUUCUCUCCUCCCAUACCUCCAUGCUUUAUCUUGCGACAAGAGCCCUGGUCGAUCUUCUUUUCCCCAUUGAAUGGCCUGGUGUGCUGAUUCCAGUUCUCCCGGCGCGAUUGGUCCAGGCGAUUGAAGCGCCUUGUCCUUAUAUCGUUGGAAUUGAACGUCGUUAUGAGAAGGUUGAAUUGCCCACCGAUGACUUUGUUCUAGUGGAUUUGGAUGCCGACAUGAUUGAGAGUACCUUGCGCCCAACGCCGCUCCCUCGUCACCAACGGAAAAAGCUCCUAUCGCUUUUGCAAUUAGCUGCUCCUCUCCACACCCGCUGCGGUGUCCCCACCGGGCCGCCAGCGUACGCGAUUGAGACAUAUCCUUGGGACUCUUUCUUGACGGAAUCCCCAGCUACUUACACCGCUAAGGCGCCGCCAACUAACCUCGCUAAGUAUGUGGGACUCAAUUCCAGCGCCUUUGGCUCGGCUGCUGUUGUCCCGAACUCUUACCAUCCUCCAAUUUUCAAUGCUUUCCUCCAUGCCCGUCAUGAGCAGGCUACAUCUCGGGGCUUUUCAUCCAAGAGUCAUGAACGUCCUGGAACUAGCAGAGCCACCGCAUCUCCACCUUCUCCCCGUGAGAGCUCUCCAACAUCAGGGUUCUUUCCCCCGCCGCCUCCGACGCCUUCGUCGCGGAAUGACUCCGGUAUGGCUUUGCAAGCAUCGCUGCGAGAGAAACGGUCUGGACACUUCGAUGCUGCAUCUAGGAGAAGCUCUUCGUUUGGCAUGAACCGGCGUCCCAGUGCUCCCUUCCUGGGACAUACAUCUAAUCUUUCAGUCACAACCCUGAACACCGAUUACGGCGCUGGUUCAACCUAUGCACCAUCGGUGUACGCCCAAUCCACCAUUGCUGCGUCCACUAUUGUUCCGCAAGCCACUAUGCAGCCAGUGGGUAACUCGGAGGGCACGUGCUGGGUUGAGGGCCACUUGUUCCAGAUUCAGCCGUUUGACGAGAAGAUGGUGUGUACAAUUUGCGAUGAGCGAGCUGACGAAGGAAUGUAUAAAUGUUCUGCCUGUAAGAUGAUCGUCCACAAUCGUUGUGCCACUCAAGUCUGCCUUGUGUGUGAUGCCGCUUUCCACGCCGAUCAGGUUCGCGCGGCAUUCGUCAGAUGUUUUGCCAGCUUGUUCUAUACGUACAAGAAGUACCUUGUACCAGCAAGCGGCGACAAGAAGAAGGCUGGAAUGUAUUACACAUUCAAUGUCGAGGCUUUCAUGAAGAGUCUUCCCCAUGAGCAUGCAGAGUACAUUGCAAUCCUCCAGCAGACUCAAGGCUUCAACGAAUUCAUUGCCGAGCGAGAGAGAACCAGCCCCAAGGAUAAAAACUCCAAGAUGGCUCUUUUCGAUGAAAUCGUGUUGUCCAAGCGCAACCGUGGUCGUACAUCGAUCUUCUCUGGUCGGUCCACCACAGAUUUCCUGUCCGAUACCUCGAAUCACCUGUGGCGGACUGCAAACGCCACAUUUUUCGCGCCCACCAGCCGCAGUCAGCAGAAUCUCUCGCAGGACUACAGUCGCAUCAGUACCCGAGGUGAGAAGAAGUCUACCUCCAGAUAUCAAUCCCCAGGCACCAGCUCACAAUCCCUCAACAGCCCCGGCCAAGUUGGACACAAGUCUGAUGAAAGAACCCCGCAUGAUCCAUGGAGCUCCCCGGGUUUCCAAGACGGCAAAUACUGCCCGCAGGAAACCGCUACCUAA